AAUCACUCGCAGCAAACUUCACGCUGCGCGCCAUCUUGUUCCCAACCAUUGUUCGUCUGUCACCCGACAGUGAUGUACUAUCGUUAGCUCGUGCCCAUUCCGCCCUGAACAGUGCACAUAAUCAUCGAUUGACCGAGAUCCUUCGCCGCGAGGUCGUCUGAACUCCACAUAGGACACACAGACGGCUCUAACAUGCGUCCUCUGCUCGCCUGCCUGCCUCUGGCAUUGCUAUUUAUAGUUCCUACAAAUGCAGACAAGACGGGGCCGUCCGAAGCAGAGAUCGUGGUGGUGGUGCCAGAAGGGGCUCCGCUCGAGCUCGCCUGCGUCCUGCGGGUGGAGCAGCGGGCGGAGUGGAAACGGGAGGGGAGCCCUAAGCUCCCAGACGAGCUGAAGGUCGCCGGAGAGAGCACCGGUGCUGGAGGCCUGACUGCGAGGCUCCGGGCUCAGUAUGCCCGGCCGGACCUCGCCGGGGUGUACUCCUGUGCGCGCGGGCCGCAAGCGCAGCGCCUGCGGGUGGUCGUCGAGCCCCGGCCCGCUACGAUAGCCGCCGGUACAGCAUUCGGCUUCGCUUCGCUCGUUGUCGUAGUUCGAGUAGUUUAUUUUGUCGGAGCACUUUUUUCGCCCGUGAAGUUUUAUCAGUCUCUAACAGAGUAUAACGUUGCAGCGACCGAACCUGCGACAACCGUAGCGACGCCGACCGUCCCACUGAUGAAGCAGAGCGACGUGCUGCCCGUGCAGCCGGUGAGCGGCGGCCCGCCGCCCGGCUCCGUGCAGUACUACGACAUCAACCGGAACGUGUCCAUGACGUGCGCGAUACCGGUCGUCAACGGGCAGCAGAUCGAUAGAGUAGCAACCCCCGUCCCGCUGAUGAAGCAGAGCGACGUGCUGCCCGUGCAGCCGGUGAGCGGCGGCCCGCCGCCCGGCUCCGUGCAGUACUACGACAUCAACCGGAACGUGUCCAUGACGUGCGCGAUACCGGUCGUCAACGGGCAGCAGAUCCUCUGGGAGAAAAACAACACCGAUCUCUCGAAAGUCAAAGAAAUCACAAACCGUUACAAGCUCGAGAGCGACAACGCCAGACUCGUGAUCGCGCGCCCUAACGAGGAGGACUACGGCAACUACUCGUGCAAGUCCGGGGGCGAGCAGCUGUCCUGGCAGCUGCGCGCUCGCCCGUACACUAAACUACCGAGUACUGACACCAGCGUGGUGGAGGGGCAGAAACUGAAGCUGGUCUGCAAGAUGAUUGGGAAACCGACGCUGCCAGUCAAGUGGUUCUAUAAUGAAAACCACACGUCGUACGAUGAGGAUAUUGUUAAGGAUUUGCAAUUGGGCGCUGAGUUGGAGCAUGGCGGGCGCAUCAAGUUAGAAAACAGCGACGCUGGCAUCGAGAACGGUCAGCUGGUGAUCGAGUCUGCCGAGCGUACCGACGCCGGCGCGUACGCCUGCAUCCCGGACUUCAGCGAGACUGGCAAUCAGACCCAGUCUUCCCAUCCGCCCGCUGUCACCGUGCUGAGGGUCAAGGUCAGUACACACCCACACCCACCCACACAUACACACACACACACGCACACGCAGCUCGUGAUCGAGUCUGCCGAACGUACCGACGCCGGCGCGUACGCCUGCAUCCCGGACUUCAGCGAGACUGGCAAUCAGACCCAGUCUUCCCAUCCGCCCGCUGUCACCGUGCUGAGGGUCAAGCUCGUGACCGAGACGGCAGAACGUACUGACGCCGGCGCGUACGCCUGCAUCCCGGACUUCAGCGAGACUGGCAAUCAGACCCAGUCUUCCCAUCCGCCCGCUGUCACCGUGCUGAGGGUCAAGGUCAGUACACACCCACACCCACCCACACAUACACACACACACACGCACACGCAGCUCGUGAUCGAGUCUGCCGAACGUACCGACGCCGGCGCGUACGCCUGCAUCCCGGACUUCAGCGAGACUGGCAAUCAGACCCAGUCUUCCCAUCCGCCCGCUGUCACCGUGCUGAGGGUCAAGCUCGUGACCGAGACGGCAGAACGUACUGACGCCGGCGCGUACGCCUGCAUCCCGGACUUCAGCGAGACUGGCAAUCAGACCCAGUCUUCCCAUCCGCCCGCUGUCACCGUGCUGAGGGUCAAGCUCGUGACCGAGACGGCAGAACGUACUGACGCCGGCGCGUACGCCUGCAUCCCGGACUUCAGCGAGACUGGCAAUCAGACCCAGUCUUCCCAUCCGCCCGCUGUCACCGUGCUGAGGGUCAAGGACAUGUACGCCGCCCUCUGGCCAUUCCUGGGCAUCUGCGCCGAGGUGCUGAUCCUGUGCGCCAUCAUCCUGGUCUACGAGAAGCGACGCACCAAGCCCGAGCUGGACGACUCGGACACCGACAACCACGACCAGUAAUCGUAAACUGCGGCGCCGCGGGCUGUUGUUGUGUUUUAGAGAUACGAGAUUUUUUAUUAUUUUCACAAUCUAACCCAAAGUUGUUAUUUAAUUAGAAUAAAGUGCAAUUAAUUACAUCUGACCAACAUGGCGCCUUACCUCUGCCGGAAAAGUUGUAGAAUUUAUUAUUCGAACUUUAAAUAUUUUGUCUAUGGAAUGUACUGUGAACUGAAUAAGUAUAAAAUGAUUUAACUCAACUUUAGACCGGUUUUGGUCUAAAAACUAAAAAAACUCGUGUAAAUAUUGUACUAAACUAGUAUGAUAUUCAAUAAAUUUAUAAAAUGUACUUAAAAGUAAUUAUCGGUGUGUACAGAGUAAUAUAACCGUUAAAAAGUGGUGAGGCGCUCGAAUAUACGUGAAAAUAUUAUAAUUCAGUCGUGGGACAUUGUGGAAAUAUCUUUAAAAAAAACCGGACAAUCAAACAGUUCAUUCCAUAGACGCGGCAGACACAGACCAAGAUAGACGCUGCAAAAUAUGAUCAAUAUCUAUACACUUUUGAAUCUUAUUACCAAAGAAUAAAGCACAAAAAUGUAUACAUAUUUCUGUUGCAUUUGUGGCACAUUGAAGCUAUUAAAUUUAAAUUUAAUCUAAGUCCUAGUUAAGACUUAAAAUUACGAAC